GCAAACGUCUAAACUACUUCCGUCUUCCAUCGUUGUACGGAACCAAGUCAGAAUCUGUUUCAUAAAACAGUUAAAACUCAUCUCCAGAGACUACGAUUCUCUUCCUAACUCUUCGACUAAGUCAAACAACUAAUAUAUUUUUUGAUGGAGCGAUGAUUAGGACCAAAGUGUUUGCAAAUGGCUGCCAAGAAUCUAUCUUCUGCUGUUUCACCAAAUUGUUUGGAUCCCUUCAAUAAGUUCAAAGUUAAAAUUGCACGAGAGCUCAGAUCGACCGAUGUGAGAGUUAUAAAAAGCGCAAUUGUUGGAACAAUACUAAACGAAAAUUUGAAUGAGAUCGACCCCAGAAAAGAAGGAGCUGGAUUGGAUUUGCUCGAUCUUUUUCAACGAUCAGGGCUUUUCUCAGAGAAUAAUCUUAGUUUAUUGAAAGAGGGACUUCAUUUAGCCAGCAGAGUAGACUUGGUAAGAAGACUAGAAGAAUUUGAAAAAACAAUAACUGAAGUGAAGAAUCUUCCAUUGUCACUAAUGAACCAACUUUCAGUUGCAGAACAGUCAGACUUACUUCAUCUACUUAUAACUGGGCAAAGAAAUUCUAUUGAUCCAUCCAGAAUCCAUGAAUUGAAAGAAUCAAUUAGCAAGAAGCUAAUGAUGAAAACAUCAGAAGUGCCCUUUGUUCGUAUGACUGAAACAAACCAAGAUUGCACCUUUGUAGUUUUCCAGUUUCUCCCUAAAGAUACUGGUAAUCAAAUUGACCAGCUUAUCUUAGCAGCUGCAAACAAAGAAGAAUGGCUGGUGAAUCUUGGAGUUCUUCAGCUUAAAAUAAAUGGGAAAGCACCCAUUUGUAUUGAUGAAAAUGUGCUCGAGAUCAAACAAGUACCACCAAAAGAAACAAAAAAAUUAGAAAUGAAGCAUAGUAUGGAACAUCAUUGUGACAAAGCUCUUGAUCUCAUUCUUGUCUUGGAAUAUUCCUGUUCUGUGACUCCACAUGUUCUGRAGCAGAUGCUGAAGCAUUGUCAGUCAGCAAUAAAUAUGUUAUCAAAAGGCUUCGACAUGAGACUAGCAAUCGUAACCUAUGGUAGCCACUAUUCAUCCCAACCAACCGAAGUGACCGCCUUUCUGACUCAAGAAUUUUUGGAUAAAUUUGAUUUUAUUACACAUGUUAAAGAUGGAGAACAGCAUGGAGGAGAAGCUGGAGGACCCUCUGGUCUAGCCGAUGCACUAGCAAAAGCUAAAGAAUUGGCAGGAGGACCAAAUGUUCGCAAAGAAGCCACUAAAUUGUGCAUUCUAAUAAACUUUUUGGUUCAAGAAGUCCAAAGUGUCACUGACCUGGAAUACUACAGGUGUUGCCAUGGUCACGAUGCCAUCCAACUUUGUAAUGAGCU